UCAGUUUUUCUUCUCUAUUCAAUCUUUUGCCCUCACUUGGUUGAAAUUUUGAAAGUUGAAUUCUUUGAAAGCCUUCUCUGAUCUACUCUCUUCAGAAACAAGGACAAAUCCUUCUUCUUCUUCUUCUCUUGAUUGAAACCAAAGGCAGCAACUUUGUUCUUCUUCUGACAUAACCCAUCUCUAAAACCCUAGAAAAACAUAUCUUUGCCUUUGUUUCUGUCUGUCUGUCUUACUUCUUGUAAGAAAAUGGGGGCUCCGGUGAUUAAAUUUCCAAUCUUUAUGAUAGUAAGAGUAUUGGGAAUUGUAAUAACAGCUCUUGUUUUUACAUGGACCCUUCACUAUAGAGGAGGAUUGGCGCUCAUCUCUGAUAACAAAGAUCUCAUUUUUAAUGUCCAUCCUGUUUUGAUGGUUAUUGGACUAGUGCUCUUAAAUGGUGAAGCCAUGCUGGCAUACAAGACCGUUCCAGGGACAAAAAGCUUCAAAAAAUUAGUUCAUCUUACAGUACAAUGUGUUGCUUUUAUCUUGAGUAUUAUUGGUUUAUGGGCUGCUUUGAAGUUCCACAAUGAUAAGGGCAUCGACAAUUUUUACAGUCUACACUCGUGGUUGGGCCUAGCUUGCCUCUUCUUAUUUGGCAUCCAGUGGGCUGCUGCAUUUGCAACCUUUUGGUACCCAGGUGGGUCAAGAAACGGAAGAGCUGCCUUGUUGCCAUGGCAUGUUUUCCUUGGGAUGUAUGCAUAUGGCCUUGCUGUUGCUACUGCUACUACUGGUAUCUUAGAAAAGCUUACUUUUCUUCAAACUAACCUGGUAAUAUCACGCUACUCUACCGAGGCUUUGCUUGUAAACUCUUUGGGUAUUUUGAUUGUUAUCCUGGGUGGUUUUGUCAUUCUUGCUACGCUCACUCCUGUGAAUGGCAAAAGUGAUGCCCAUAGAGGAUUUGUGGAAUAGGCACCAUGUGUUUCCCCCCUGCAAGUCCAGGAGACUCAGCGUAUUCUUCCUCCCGAAGAACUACAGGAUGAGUUUGUAGCUAGAGAAAUGAAGUCAAGUAACGAAAUCUGAAAAGCUUGUAUUACAUGUAAAUCUGCGACAGAAAUUUGAGGUGGCUACUGUCUACUGUCAUGUCUCUUCCUAGGGCAUUUGGCUUUCUUUUUUGCUACUGUUGAACACGGUAUUAAAAUUUCCAAAAAAAAAAAAGAGAGGAAUCCUUUUGUGGGUUA